AGCAGCGAUUCCUUCACACAGGAUGUUUCACACUUCCACCUAGUAUCGAUAUAUAUUGUACUACGUAAAGUCUUACUCCAUAUUUUUUUUUCUUUAUUGUUCUUUUAUUACAUAAAGUCAGUCGACGGUGAGGAGUGGGGAUCUUUAAAGUUACAGAUCAAGAAUUAUCAAGAUCGACAGAGGACAUGGGAAUUCUGUACUCUGAGCCGAUCUGUCAAGCCGCCUAUGAAAAUGACCUAGAUGAAGUGCAACUACUUGUAAAAGAAGACCCUAAUGUCCUUAAUGUGAAGGAUAGCUUUGGUGGAGACACACCACUCAUAUGUGCCUGUCGAAAAAGCAAUAUUAAAAUAAUCAAUUACUUACUACACAUGAAAGCUGAUAUCAACCUGACAAAUAAUAAGGAAAGGACCUGUUUGCACUACGCUGUGAGGAAAAGGUUCACAUUCCUGGACUACUUGAUGAUUGUGAUCUUGAUGCCUGUUAUGCUUAUUGGAUUCAUGAUCAUGAUAUCAAAGACCAAACAAAAUGAAAGACUGAUUAGACUUUUACUGAACGCAGGUGUCAAUGUCAACGCCACAGAUUAUGAGGGGAACACAGCCCUCCAUUAUGCUUGCAAGAUGAAAAACCAAACUAUAGUACCGAUUCUCCUGGAAGCCAAAGCUGAUCCCUACAUUAAAAAUAAGGACGGGGAAACUUCCAUUGAUAUUGCCACAAGAUUAAGAUUCCAAAAAAUCAUGCACUUGAUGAAAAAGUCUUCGUAAUACUGAAGGAAACAAGUUUUCCCAUUACUCUGGCACUUAAAGGAGCACAAAACUGGUAGUAAAGAAGCGGGUUUACAUUACUUCCAUUGACUGUAUUAUAAAUGGCGUCCGGAACAACAUUGAUAGGGAUAUUUAUAGCUUUGUAUCCAUUGUAAUAUUAUUGACAGGUAGUUGAUUGUAAAUUUUUUGUAUACUUGGUGUUACACAUUAUAAAAGUAUUAAUAAAAACUGUAACAAGAACUGGA